CCUCUCUGGGGCGGAGGGAGGCGGGCGGAGCACAGCUGGAAAGGGAGCCUGGACCUCGGGGCCGCCCUUGCCCCUGGACCUCUCCACCCUCCGCCCCUCACCUCCCUGACACCCGCUAGGGUCCCGCAGGCCCCUCUCCAGCGGGACUCGCUGACCUCCGUCCCCACUCCCACGCCCCCUGGCCCUCACCCGCAGCCUCACACCCACUUCUCUCUCCUCUCGGUCCCUCUCUGGCACCCGUGAACCCUGAGCUGCCAAAUCUGAAUCUCCCUCUUCCUCUGCCGCGUCCCUCCCCAUCUGCUCGGCCCAUAGGCGUUUCUUCACUUCUGGUUUCCCUCUCCCGCCGCACUGCCUGUCCUGCCCGCCCUCCGCGUCCCACCUCCCGCGCCGCUCUGCCGUCCAGGCUCAUCCCGGGGCCUCAGCAGCACCUCCUCCCUGCUCUCUGCCUCCAGUGCGCCUCACCUGCACCUCGAGGGACCAUGGCCACCAUCCCGGACUGGAAGCUACAGCUGCUGGCCCGGCGCCGGCAGGAGGAGGCAGCCGCGCGGGGCCGGGAGAAGGCGGAGCGGGAGCGCCUGUCCCAGAUGCCAGCUUGGAAGCGGGGGCUCCUGGAACGCCGCCGGGCCAAGCUUGGUCUGUGUCCUGGGGAGCCCAGCCCUGCGUCUGGGCCUCCAGAAGCUGGGCCUCCAGACCCAGACAAGUCUGCGGUCCUGCUGGAGGCCAUCGGCCCAGUGCACCAGAACCGAUUCAUCCGGCAGGAGCGCCAGCAGCAGCAGCAGCAGCGGCGGCGGAGUGACGAGCUCCUUGCAGAAAGGAGGCCUGGGCCUGCGGAGGCCCGGGAAUGGAGACCCAGCCCUGGGGAGAUGCAGGAUCCAAGUCCCAAAGAAAGAGAGCCCAGGGAAGAGCGGCUCAGCCCCAGGGAAGCCGGAGACAGGAGGCCGGGGGUAGGGGGAGCCCGAGAGUCAAGCCCCAGGCCUUCGGAGGCCCGGGACUGGCCGCGCCUGGGAGAGGCUGGAGACAGGGCCUCGGGGCUGCCAGAGGCGCGGCGGUGGAGGCUGAGCCCCGGAGAAGCGGACGGAGGUGUGACCCCGGCAGAGCCUGGAGAACAAAGCCCCAGGAGGAAGGAGGCGGCCAGGGGGAGGCUGAGCCCAGUGGAGUCUGACGGCCAGCACUUGGGCCCGACGGAGGCCCCUAAAUGGAGGCCUGGCUGCACAGAGUCUCAGGAGCAGAGUUGGAAGCCACUGGAGGCAGCAGAAUGGAGUCUGAGCCCAGGAGACGGGAAAGGCAGCUCGGAGGAAUGUGGGAGCAGAGAAGACAGGCGGGCUCCAAGGGGCGGGCAGAGAGCAGAGCGGAGCCCCAGCCCCGCCGAGGGUGGGGAGGGGGACUCCAGGCUGCCCGAAGGGUGGAAAUGGACCCUGCACUCUGGGAAGGCUCGAGAAUGGACAGCCAGGGACACAGAGACGCAGACUCGGAAGCCAGCCCCUCCAGAGCCCGCCGGGAAGCACCUGGGGCCUCCUGGUGCGGAGGCUCACACCUUCACCGCCAACCCCAGUCGGUCUGCGCCCCACGCAGCCCCUGCUGCUCCUGCCCCCGCUGAUGCUGCGGCCCCCGGGGCUGGGAAGAAGUGGUACCCGACUGCGGAGGAGAUCUCGGUUCUGGGGGGCUACCUCCGCCUCAGCCGCAGCUGCCUUGUCAAGGGGUCCCCUGAAAGGCACCACAAACAGCUCAAGAUCUCCUUCAGCGAGACAGCCCUAGAGACUACGUACCAGUACCCCUCCGAGAGCUCGGUGCUGGAAAUAACCUGA